AUGGGAGACGUGGAAGAGGCGAGGAGAACGAUCAAAAAGCUAGAAGCGCAGAUGGAUUCGCUCAGAGAGCAGACUGUAGCUGCAGUCAACAAGUGUGCCAGUUACGAAGACCAGCUUCGCACUCUAAAAACGACACCACCUACCAGCAAUGGGGCGGUGCGAAACAACACAUCGGAACCUUUCGACGCCUCCUCCCCGGACGGCCGUCCGUCGACAUCAGCCGCCUCAGCGCACACAAGGGCAACAUCUCGCUUCUCGUUCCUCACCAGCAGACUAACGUCGCCUGUCAAUCCAACCACCGCACCACCCAUACCCGCGCCGUCGGGCGAUGCCGAUCUACUCCACGAGCUUGAACGCGAGCGCGCACUUCGAGCGAAAGCGGAGGACAGGGUGCGCACAAUUGACUCGGAGAUCGAAGAGCUGAGCGUUACCUUGUUUUCGCAAGCAAACGAGAUGGUAGCUGAGGAGCGUAGAGCAAGAGCAAAGCUAGAAGCCCGAAUAGAGCUCCUUGAGCAGAAAGACAAGGAUAAAAUGGCGCGGCUGGACCGUUUAGAGAAAGCAGUCAGUAGGCUGGACCGUGUCAAGGCGCUGUUGAACAAGGACGAAACCGCGGACACUGCGAACGUAAACCUUGCGCCUCGAUGA